AUGUCGUUCUACGUUCUCCUGCUAUCACAGUUUCUCUUCCUAAAUUCCCUGCUGGCACUAAAGCUUUACAAAUCCGAAAAUAAACUAGAUGCUGUGCUUAAAACGCCAGAACUGAUAAAGAGUCACGGUUACCAAGUGGAAAUUCAUAAUGUUGUAACAGAAGAUGGAUAUAUUUUGGAAAUACAUAGACUUCCAUGUGGACAGUACGAUUGUGAAAAGAACUUUGCGAGGAGGAAACGACCAGUUUUAAUUCAGCAUGGUUUGGCGGGCAGUUCUGCAGAUUGGAUCCUUAUGGGGCCAGCCAGAGCAUUGGCAUAUACACUAGCAGAUGCAGGAUUCGACGUAUGGCUUGGAAAUAACAGAGGAAACAUUUAUUCAAGAAAUCAUACCACUAUUCUACCAACCGAUCGAAAUUUUUGGAAUUUUAGUUAUCACGAGCUCGGUAUUUAUGAUAUUCCAGCGAUAAUCGACUAUAUUCUUGAUCGAACAAUCUAUGAAAAACUGUUUUACAUUGGACACUCUCAAGGAAGCACGCAAUUUUGGGUAACCAUGUCGCAAAAACCAAAUUAUAAUACAAAAGUUAAGUUAAUGAUUGGUCUUGCACCAGUAGCUUUUACUGGCAAUAUACGUGGACCACUUACAAAACUUGCUAAAUUAACAUAUCUAGGAGUGCGGAUAGGUGAAGCGUUCGGUUAUCCUGAAUUACGUUCACGUUCUGCUUGGGGAAAGUUCGUAUCGAAUGUACUUUGCCGAGAUACGACGGUGCUAUUUUGCAAUAACAUUCUGUUCCUGGUCACUGGUUUUAAACAGACGAACUUGAGCGCGAUGAAUUUAUCAACAAUUAUGAAUCAUGUACCGGCCGGUGCUUCUUGGAAACAAGUAGUUCAUUUUGGUCAAGGAUACAUACAUCCAGAUCAUUUUAGAGAGUUUGAUUAUGACAAUAGCGAAAAAAAUUAUAAAAUUUACAAUUCUCUAGAGCCACCGGAAUAUAAAUUAAACAAAGUAACUGCACCGGUUGCUCUCUUUAGCAGUGAUAAUGAUUUACUUGCAACGAAAACGGAUGUCGGUCUCUUGAAGAGCAAACUUGGUAAUGUUGUAUACCAUAAUGAAGUAUCUAUCAAAUCCUUUUCCCAUUAUGAUUUCAUAUGGGGAACAUCUUCGGUGUCAGUUAUAUUUGAACCUAUAUUAAAAUUAUUAUUAAUGAAUUUAUCAACAAUUAUGAAUCAUGUACCGGCCGGUGCUUCUUGGAAACAAGUAGUUCAUUUUGGUCAAGGAUACAUACAUCCAGAUCAUUUUAGAGAGUUUGAUUAUGACAAUAGCGAAAAAAAUUAUAAAAUUUACAAUUCUCUAGAGCCACCGGAAUAUAAAUUAAACAAAGUAACUGCACCGGUUGCUCUCUUUAGCAGUGAUAAUGAUUUACUUGCAACGAAAACGGAUGUCGGUCUCUUGAAGAGCAAACUUGGUAAUGUUGUAUACCAUAAUGAAGUAUCUAUCAAAUCCUUUUCCCAUUAUGAUUUCAUAUGGGGAACAUCUUCGGUGUCAGUUAUAUUUGAACCUAUAUUAAAAUUAUUAUUAUUUUACGAAUAA